CUAUUUUUGAAAUCUUUAAGAAGAGUAAUCAUGAAGUACCUGUAUGACACACAAUUGUUUGUGGAGAAGAAUGAGGAUAUGGUGGAGUACCUGUGAAAGAAGGGACUUAUUCAGGAGGGAAAGGUGGCUGUUACUAUGAAGACGGUUAAUAGAGCCGAGUUCUGUGAUUAUCCUGAGUGAGCUUUUUAUCAAGCACCCCAGAGUAUAGGCUGGAACGCAACUAUUUCUGCACCAUAUAUUCAUUCUUUGGUCCUAGGCGUCCUUUCGAAGAAUUUAAAACCUGGCGCUAAAGCCUUGGAUAUUGGAUGUGGUAGUGGAUUUUUAUGCCCAGCUAUGCUCUCUAUGAUGAAUUUUGACGGCACGGUUAUUGGAAUCGAGCAUAUUCCCGAACUUGCUGAGAAGGCUGUUAAGAACAUCAGCAAAAGUUAUGAAAAAGAACUCCUCUCGAAUAAGAUAAAUAUUUUAGUUCGAGACGGAAGAGAAGGCUUUGCUGAAGAAGCUCCUUACGACUGCAUCCACGUUGGUGCUGCUUCUGAAGAGAUCCCCCAUGCUUUGAUCGAGCAACUUAAAAUUGGUGGGACACUAGUAAUCCCGAUCGGAUUAGAGGAGGAAGAGCAAGAUCUUAUUGUCUGAGUUCGGACCUCGAAGGAUAAGAUCUUUACACAGAGUCUAACUAAAAUUUGUUAUGUACCUCUGACUUCAAAGAAACACCAACUUUGAAGGAUUUAACCAAUAGAAAUUAUUAAUACCUAUUCCGUGUUCAAU